AUGGGCCCCUGUACCGCCUCCUCAUGCUGCUGCCAGGCCCGUAAUCUGCCAUGGGCCCCCGUACCGACUCCUCAUGCUGCUGCCAGGCCCGUAAUCUGUCAUGGGCCCCCUGUACCGCCUCCUCAUGCUGCUGCCAGGUCCAGAGUGUGUCAUGGGUCCCUGUACGGCCUCCCAUUGCUGCUGUCUCUAUCGCCACACUCUGCCAUGUGCCACUUUCAGGUCUCCUCACACUGCUGGUGGUUUCCAUUUUUGUCAUAGGGUGCUUUAUGGCCUCCCAUUGCUGCUGCCUCCACCGCCACACUGUGGCUCCACACCCUGGUUUUGGCCCCGUGACUGCCCAAAUGAGUGAAGUGUGCGGUGAUUCUAAGAUCGACGGCACUCAUCUGCAUGUCAUACUGACUGACAGUAUUAUUUCUCUUCCCCAGCAGACUCCAAGGGCAUUUAAAUUAAAGGUACAGUGUUCUGCACUAAUAUUA